CCCUGUGGUAAGGCAAGUCAGGUGAGAUUUUCUCAAGGCAGCUUUGACCACCAAAAUCAGUGUUGCUUGGUUGAGUAAAUUAUUGUAGGCAAAAUAAUCACAGAAUAAUUGAAGCAGAGCAAAAGCACAGCUAGCUGAGGAGAGCAACUGCUGCAUAGCAUGGUAUAGUGCUGCCACCCUUACAUGCACAUUCUCUCAGCUAACUUGCUUUCAGCCUUUUUCUUCUUGAUUUGAGUCAAUAAGGACUCAAAGCAUCUGGUAGCUGGGUUGUCUUUAAAGUCUGCACAGUGUCAGAAAUGGAGCAAUGUAUCCAGGGUUUCCUUACAAUAAUUGGAAGCAAUAAAGCUAUGUAUAGGCAGAGGCAUUUGGGACAAAAGUAAAUACAGAUGUUGAACCAUAGUUGCUGUCUAGUGCAGGGAGAGUGAAAAGUUGUAUCAGUGCCAGGAAACCUGACUGUCUCCUAAACCCCAUCUGGGUUUAAUUUCAGUAUAAAUUAUUGCCUACAUUUAGGUGUGCAGUAAAUGCUGCCUACUGCAGGGGGAGCAAACAGUCCUUCAGAUCCACCUGAGGCCAGGCCAGGCCAGGCCAGGUCAGGUAACCCUGCCACACCGAUUCACCCAGGUGCCCCAAAGUGGAUGCAGACAGCCUCCAGAUUAUGCAGAGCUGGCAGAAAUCUCUACUUGUCUUCUGCUCUUGCUGGUCUGUGAUUAACAGUUUGCAGGACAGCGUUUUUUUCCCUUGAAGGUUUAGAAGUCUUUGAAGAUGUGACAGAUUUCAACAGACUAUAUCUAAAUUGCUCUGGCACUGGCACCAAGUCAGUUUUUCAAGUCUUGUUGCUGUUACUCUCUAAAUAAUAACUGAUACCAAAAAUGAGAUGCUGCUUCAUAUGCCUGCUCAGUUCACGAUGUAAAAACUGCAUAUACCAUUAUCUCAGGGUUAUGCAGCCAGUGUUAUUGCAGGGUCUGCUAAACUGCAAGUUUGAGGCCACAAGCAUCUUCUACUAGGGGCAAGUGACCCAGCAGUGAGGUGUUCUAGGGAUGGUCUUGGGUUAUUCUUUUUUUUCCUCCCUCAGAGUGACUGUUGGAAAGGUUGGUACCACUGAUAUGUCUGAAUUCCCUGAGCUAUACUGAGUACAAAAAUCUUCUCUUCUAGGGUAAUGCAAGUAGGUUAUAAAAGAAGACAUGGAUUUUUAAACAGUUGUUCAGGUUGGUCAACAGAAAGAAGACCGAUAUUGUCAUUAAAGCUCUCUAGUUAAAAACUGUAUGUAACCUGUUCUUUGAAGAGACAGAUCAAAGUUGUAUUUAAGUAAGUAAGUAGACAGCUCAGCACAUGAUUUAGUAGACAGGCCUCAGUGCUGAUCUGUAUUUGGCCUUUCCCAUAAACAGACUCUUCUCAAAGUCAGUUUUGUUGUCGUAGAGCAGAGCCUUUUUCAGACAGUGUGGAAGGCUUGGUACUAGCACCUCACACAUCCUAGCUACUCUGUGUGAAAUCUGCCAUGCAGAUAGUGCCAGACAGAUUCAGUCAGCCACAUGAAUGAUCCAGGACUCACCACUAAAUUUGGUGUGUAUUUAAAAAUGUGAAAAGCAAAGGGAAUUUAUCCAGAAUUAGAAGAUAGCAGUCAGUGGAACCCACCUGAUACCAAAAGGAAGUCUGGCAGUUUGAUUAACACUUUUUUUUUCCCCAACCUUAGUAUUAAGCUAAUCUCUUAGUGUUGACUUUCAGUAAUGAUUGUUGGACAAUUUUAACUUUUCAUGUUUUAUUCACAGCACAAAAUAUGGCUCAUUAUAAACAACUAAUCUAAUGCCUCAAUCCUGCAAUGGGAUUGUGUCAGUAAUCUUUUUUUUUUAUCCACAGUGGGGCUUCCUGUGGCUCCAGCAGUCCAUCCAGACUGAUCAGGGUGCAGGACAGAGCCUGACAUGACAACAGAAAUUUAUAUCACCUAGUGCAUAUAUGGAAAAAGGAAGAAUAACCGAAUGAUGAAGAUUGAGAUAAACCCACACCAGUUAUUAGUGUAUAAUCUUGCCACAUGGUCGCUGUUGAUGCAUUGGAAGGAAAAGACUGCAAGGAAUCUGUCAAGCUGAUUGCAGAAAGCACUAAUCUCUCAGAAGAGCAACUUGCUUUCCUCAUUUCUGGCAUGUAUACCCUUCUCCGAGAAGCGUUGAGACUCCCCUUAUCAACUUUCAAACAAGAGGUUUUUAAGGAAGACCUAAAGGAGCUCAGGAUACCAGAAGAUUUCAUCGUGGACUUUUCCAGUAUAGUCUUUGGUAACAGGCGUCCUGCUUCCCAAGGCACAGCUCUGAUACAAGGAAGUAGGCUGCCAAGUGUCCAGGACUUCAAGUGGAGAGUGGAUGUAGCUAUAUCCACAAGUUCACUGGCCCGUGCACUUCAACCAUCCAUUCUAAUGAUGAUGAAGCUUUCAGAUGGGACAGCUCAUCGCUUUGAAGUGCCAGUUGCAAAGUUUCAAGAACUGAGAUACAAUGUUGCUCUUAUACUGAAGGAAAUGAAUGAUUUGGAGAAAAGGAGCAUACUGAAGAUCCAGGACUGAACACUUUUAAACUGGGAGUUUAUAGAACAGAUCUGAAACCCUCAGUGUGUCUUGUGAAUAGCAAAGCAGGGGGCUGUCACCACUUUGCCUGUCUGAACUGCAAUGUAGCAUUUAUGAUGUCUGCUGUAAAUAUUUUUUCAAUUCAAGUGUUAAAAGCACAAGCUCUUUUCAUAAGACUUAGGAAAAACAAAAAAUAUAUCUAUGAAAAAGUAUAAUGCAUUUUUGCAUGAUUCAUCAAAACAUUUUUUAAAUAACUAUCUUAAUAGAUGUAAGAGUCAUUUAUUUCUGAUUAUGAUUCAUCACUCUAAUUAUUUUUGAAAGCCUGCUACCGGAAGCCCUAUCAAUGUACAUCAUAAGAAAGCUCUGCAGUAUCUCAAAUAAAUAAAAUUUAAAAAAACCCCA